AAGUGUAGAAGAUAGAGCUGGCCUUUGGGAAUCUUUUACAAUUAGUAAGAAUCACAGCUCUGUUUGAGCUCUACUGGUGUCCCACCCACAGAAAAUCGCUUCUCUUUUAUGGUGGCUUUUUUGGACUGACGAUCUUUUCUCUUUGUAUGCUAGUGAAGUUCACGUAUCCAUCAGAAGACCAAAGAUUUUGCAGACAAUUUGAGUGAAUACGAAAGUUUGGAGAGAAAAUGGCUGGAGGUGAAGAAGGGGCAACGUUGGAGUUUACGCCAACAUGGAUUGUUGCUGUAGUUUGCACUGUGAUUGUUGCCAUUUCUUUGGCUAUGGAACGGUUGCUUCAUGUUGCCGGGGUUGUUUUGAAGAAGAAACAUCAGAAACCACUCUAUGAGGCUCUUUCCAAAGUUAAAGAAGAGUUGAUGCUCAUGGGGUUCAUAUCACUAUUGCUGACAGUAUUUCAAGGUGCAAUUGCUAAAAUCUGUGUAUCUAAGGAUACAUUAACUCACAUGCUUCCUUGUAAACUUGAAGAAAAUAAAGCAACAGGGAAGGGCUCCAAUAGUGAAACAACAUCACAUUUUCAAACGUACUUUGCUUCGACCCUAGCUGGUAGCACCAGGCACCUACUUGCUGAAGAAUCUGCCUCUUCUCAUCUGGGAUAUUGUGCUAAGAAGGGCAAGGCACCUUUGUUGACUGUUGAAGCACUCCAUCAUCUGCAUAUAUUUAUCUUUGUCCUCGCCAUUGUUCAUGUGGUAUUCUGUGUUCUCACAGUUUCUAUUGGAGGGCUAAAGAUACGCCUAUGGAAACGUUGGGAAGAUUCAAUUGCAAAAGAAAAUUAUGAUUCAAAGCAAGUGUUGAAUGUCCAACAGCAUACUUUUAUCAAAGAGCAUUUCCGGGGUUUUGGCAAAGAUUCGAUUGUGCUAGGGUGGUUGCAUUCAUUUUUUAAGCAAUUCUCCGCGUCUGUGACCAAAUCAGAUUACGUGACACUAAGACUAGGCUUCAUAAUGAUGCAUUGCAGAGGGAAUCCCAAGUUUAAUUUUCACAAAUACAUGAUACGAGCCUUAGAAGAUGAUUUUAAGCAUGUUGUCGGUAUCAGUUGGUAUCUCUGGGUUUUUGUGGUCAUCUUCUUGUUGUUGAAUGUUAACGGCUGGCAUGCUUAUUUCUGGCUUGCUUUCAUUCCUGUCAUUCUUUUACUUGCCGUGGGCACCAAGCUUGAGCAUGUAAUUACCCAGUUGGCUCAAGAGGUUGCCGAGAGACAUGUAGCCAUUGAAGGGGAAUUAGUGGUCCAACCAUCGGACGAUCACUUUUGGUUCAACAGGCCUCGCAUCGUCCUCUUCUUGAUCCAUUUUACCCUCUUCCAAAAUGCGUUCGAGAUUGCUUUCUUCUUUUGGAUUUGGGUUCAAUAUGGCUUUGAUUCCUGCGUAAUGGGUCAAGUUCGUUAUAUCGUUCCUAGGCUUGUUAUAGGGGUUUUCGUUCAGGCACUCUGCAGUUUUAGCACAUUGCCACUUUAUGCUAUUGUCACACAGAUGGGGAGCUCGUUCAAGAAGGCGAUAUUCGAUGAGCAUGUGCAAAUAGGCCUUGUCGGUUGGGCACAGAAGGCAAAGAAAAGGAAAGGCUUAAAAGCUACUAGUCAGGCUGCAGCUGAAGUGAACCCGGAGGAAAGCCCUUCGGUUUCGAUUCAGAUGGGGAGUGUGCUGGGAAAUGCAUCUGAUCCAGAGGAGAUUCAUCCUUUACAUGGCUCCAAUUGAGCCUUGUUGAGAAGCACAGGAAGACAUGCUUCUUGUACAAAAUGUUUAUCAGUUAACAGUGUUUGUGAUGUAUUUGUGGGGUUCAUCCUGUGCUUGGUUUUGCUUGGUUAAAUAUACAGGGAAAAAAAUGUUGUCUUGGUGAACAAGUUUGGCUUGAAAAGAGUCGUCGUAACGUGCGAACCAAGCUAUCUCAGUGGUUGAAAUGAUGAUUUUUAUUUCUAGAGGUCUUAGGUUUGAAUACCAGAGACUGUAUAGUAUUU